AUGGACCGGAGGCUCUUGUCCCGAACCGGGUCAGACAUGGAGAUGGGUAUUUGGACGCCGGAACGGCCGGCUCUCUUCGCGGGCCAGUGGUCAGUCCGGGAGGGAGAAGUGAAGAGCGAUUGGAGGGAGGGAAUGCAGUGGAAACAGGGGUACUCGAUGAGGAAAAUUGAAGCCGCCACGAAUUGGUUCGCCGAUGAGAAUAUGAUCGGCAGUGGAGACCACGGGAUCGUCUAUCGCGGCGUCAUGUUUGAUGGAAGCAGGGUUGCAGUGAAGAAAUUGUUAUGCGGAAGUGGCAAUGGUGAGGAAUUCCUAGCACAAGUGGAAGCAGUUGGAGGAGCGAGACACAGGAAUCUGGUCAACUUGCUUGGAUGCUGCGUCGAUGGAGCUAGCAGGAUCCUUGUGUACGAGUACGUGGACAAGGGAAAUCUUUAUGAUUGGCUGCACGGCCCCUUCUUAUUUCACCGAUGUCCUCAUCAAACAUGGCACGUUUUUAUCUGCUGCAGCUUGGCAUAUCUCCACGAGGAUAUUGAACCCAUCAUGAUUCAUGGACGUGUAAAAUCUAGCAAUGUUCUGCUUGAUCACCAGUGGAAUCCCAAGGUAUCUGACCUCGGCGUUGCCCAGGUUUUAGGCUCAGAGUGGACUCAAGUUAAAACUUCAUCCUUUGGAAUGUUCGGUUACACAGCGCCGGAGUACGCACACACCGGCAAACUUGAUGAGAAAACCGAUGUUUAUAGCUUCGGCGUAAGCUUGUUAGACUGGUUGAAAUCUAUGGUCUCAAGGCAACACUUGGACUGCGUUCUAGAUCCUAGGGUGCCGGAUCCGCCCUCAAUGAAGGAACUAAAAAGAGCGGUUUUGAUCGCGCUGAGAUGCGUGGAUCCGGACACUGAGAACAGGCCUAGGAUGGGAGAAGUGAUCCAGAUGUUCGAGCCUCGUGACCUGCUGCUCAGCGGUGUAAGAAGAAACUGCUUUUUCAGACUGACUAACAUCAAUUUCUGUGCCAAACUGGGGGAGAAGGAUGUGGCACGAGUUGAUAGAGAGGAGACGGCAGAUAUUAAGGCUGUAUUAUUUAUUUGCAAAUAG